AUGUCAUAAGUGACGCAGCGCACCCGGAAGCAGGCCGGAGCGCCUACAGUACAGUACAGUGGCUGAGGAGGCGGCCCCAGCCCCCCCCCCCCCCCCCCCCGGCGUCCUCGGUAGCUCGGGCCGCCGCCGCCCGCCGCCCUCCCGCCGCGUUCCUUCCCCCCCCGCCCCCCAACCCUUUUUGACCCUUCCCGGCCCCCGUGGGCGGGGUGGGCGCCGGCCGCAGCCAUGUCGCUGCUGCAGUCCGCCCUGGACUUCCUGGCGGGGCCCGGCUCCCUGGGGGCCGCCAGCCGCGACCAGAACGAUUUCGUGGGGCAGACGGUGGAGAUGGGCGACAUGAGGCUGCGCGUCCGGAGGGUCAUCGCCGAGGGUGGUUUUGCUUUUGUCUAUGAAGCUCAGGAUCUUGGAAGUGGCAAAGAAUAUGCUUUAAAGAGGUUGUUGUCUAAUGAGGAAGAAAAGAAUAAAGCCAUCAUUCAGGAAGUUUGUUUCAUGAAAAAACUUUCAGGUCAUCCCAACAUUGUCCAGUUCUGCUCUGCUGCAUCUAUAGGAAAAGAAGAAUCAGACACAGGACAGGGAGAGUUUCUUCUGCUUACGGAGUUGUGUAAAGGGCAGCUGGUGGAAUUCUUAAAGAAGGUAGAACCCAAAGGACCCAUCUCCUGUGAUACAGUUUUGAAGAUCUUUUAUCAAACCUGCAGAGCUGUGCAGCACAUGCAUAAACAGAAGCCUCCUAUAAUCCACAGAGAUUUAAAGGUGGAAAACUUGCUUAUUAGUAACCAAGGGACGAUUAAACUUUGUGACUUUGGUAGUGCUACAACUGUAGCUUACUAUCCUGACUACAGCUGGUCUGCACAAAAGAGAGCACUGGUUGAAGAAGAGAUCACCAGGAAUACAACACCAAUGUACAGGGCACCAGAGAUGAUAGACUUGUAUUCAAAUUUUCCAAUUAGUGAAAAGCAGGACAUUUGGGCUCUGGGCUGUAUCCUGUAUUUACUCUGCUUUAGGCAACAUCCUUUUGAAGAUGGAGCUAAACUUCGCAUAGUCAAUGGAAAAUACACUAUUCCACAAAAUGACACCCGCUAUUCUGUGUUUCAUGAUCUCAUCAGCUCUGCCUUGAAAGUGAACCCAGAGGAGAGAUUGUCAAUCACUGAACUGGUGAAUCAACUGCAGGAGAUUGCAGCAGCUAGGAAUGUGAAUCCUAAAUCCCCCAUCACAGAGCUCCUGGAACAAAAUGGAGGCUAUGGGAACAAUGCUCAGCCUCGGAUGUCUGUAACAUCGGUUUCACAGAGCUCCAAGCCUGCAGGACAGCUCAAUAAUAUGUACAAUGCAGGCCUGACUGUUGCAGAAUGUGACCAGACUUACGGAGGGUUCUUUGAUAUUCUGAGAGGAGGAACAGAACGGUUUUUCACAAAUAUUAAGGAUACAUCUUCUAAAGUUAUCCAAUCUGUGGCCAAUUAUGCAAAAGGAGACUUGGAUAUAUCAUACAUCACUUCCAGAAUUGCAGUGAUGUCCUUUCCAGCUGAAGGUGUAGAGUCUGCCAUCAAAAAUAACAUAGAAGAUGUGCGGUUAUGUCUGGACUCUAAACAUCCUGGGCACUAUGCUGUGUAUAACCUUUCUCCAAGAACAUACAGGCCUUCAAGAUUCCAUAAUAGGGUUUCUGAAUGUGGCUGGCCAGCAAGGCGAGCACCAAAUCUUCAGAAUCUCUACAGUAUAUGCAAGAACAUGCAUUUAUGGCUGAAACAAGAUCAGAAAAAUGUUUGCAUUGUGCACUGCCUUGAUGGAAGAGCCGCGUCUGCUGUUGUAGUUUGUUCUUUUCUAUGUUUCUGUCGUCUCUUCACUACUGCUGAGGCUGCGGUUUAUAUGUUCAGUAUAAAACGAUGUCCUCCUGGCAUUUGGCCUUCUCAUAAAAGGUAUAUCGAAUACAUGUGUGACAUGAUGGCUGAAGAACCCAUUAUUCCUCACAGCAAGCCAAUCCUUAUUAAAUCAAUCAUCAUGACUCCAGUUCCUCUUUUCAGUAAGCAGCGUAAUGGCUGCAGGCCUUUUUGUGAAGUGUAUGUUGGGGAUGAAAGAGUAACCACUACCUCCCAGGAAUAUGACAAAAUGAAGGAAUUCAAAAUUGAAGAUGGUAAAGCAGUAAUUCCAUUAGGUAUAACAGUUCAAGGAGAUAUUCUCAUUGUGAUCUAUCAUGCCCGGUCAACGCUUGGAGGCCGACUACAAGCCAAGAUGGCUUCUAUGAAGAUGUUUCAGAUUCAGUUCCACACAGGUUUUGUGCCCCGAAAUGCCACCACAGUGAAAUUUGCUAAGUAUGAUCUUGAUGCCUGUGACAUUCAAGAGAAGUAUCCUGAUUUAUUUCAAGUCAAUCUGGAAGUGGAGGUGGAGCCCAGAGACAGACCUAGCUGUGAGCAGCCACCGUGGGAUAACAUGAAUAUAAAGGGACUGAAUCCCAAGAUUCUUUUCUCUACCCGAGAGGAACAACAAGAGGUUUUGUCAAAAUUCGGGAAACCAGAGCUGCCUAGACAGCCAGGUUCAACAGCACAAUAUGAAGCGGAAGCAUCCCAACUGGAGCAGUCUUCAGAAAGUGUCCCAGCUGAGACAGAAUCGUCACAUAGCAGUGGUACUGAUGCAAGUAACUUCUUUCAUUCUCUGGAUUGGAAAGAAGGAAAAAGUCCAGAAAGUGGAGUAGACAAUAAUUCAUCCAAAAAUGAUCAUGCUCAACUAUCUAAUGAGCGAGAAGAGAGUGAUCCUUCAGAUGAGGAAUUCCCUGCAUUUCCAGGUGAAGAAGGGGCAGUAACUGUUGUUGAGAGGGACCCUGGUGCUCAGGAAGGAGAGUUGCCUUUUGCAGUCAGUUUUGAAGCUCCAUCUGCAUUGUUACAAAAACCUCUCACUGAAGAGAAUGUAGAUUUACUGGGACUGAACUCUGAUAUUUCACCAGAACCGGAACAACCUAUCUCAGAAACAAGCUCUUCAACAAGUAAUGCAGACUUGUUGAACAAUCUGUUUGUGGGUAGUGCAUCACAGAUCCCAGAAGAGUCCACUGGAGAUCUUCUUGGACAAGGAACAUCUUUCUUUCUCAGCAGUCAGUCUCAGUGUUCAGCUGCUACUAAGAUGUCUUCAGCAUCAGCUGAUCCGUUCGACCCGUUCACAAUGUCAUCAAGUUCUGAGAAUCUGUCCCUACCUAGUGCAGACUUCUUUAGAGGCAUGCUGAAUCCAACUGCAACAUCUACUCCUAAUACAUUUAUUCCCACAAGUAAUUCAGUUCUGUCUUCUAGUUCAGAUUUCUUGAAUUUAGGGAACCCGGGACUAGAGACAACUAAAAUGUCAUCUUCUACAAGUUACCCAGAUCUCUUAGGUGGAUGGGAUUCUUGGGUGGAUUCUUCUGGGCCUGUCUAUGCACCAUCGGCACAAAUUAAGUCUGCUUUUGAAGGUCAAGGUCUUACCACAGGAAGUCAGUCCAGUGUGUCUUCAGGUCCGUCCUUCAGCCCAUCUAAGUCUCAGAACGUUGACCCUUUUGCUGAUCUUGCCAAUCUUGCAUCUGGUCUUCCAGGUUCCUCCACAAUUGGAUUCUCCGGUAGUGGGUUUGGUCAGAAGACUGCUCCAUCUCAGAAGUCAGGAAAUCAGUGGCAGAAGUCCACAAAACCACAAAGUACUUCGUGGCAGUCCCAGACUAAAUCCAGCACUACAGCUAAACCCAAUUAUACAGGGAACUUCAGUGUUAUUGGAGGUCGAGAAGAAAGAGGAGUCAGAACACCAAGCUUUGGUCAAAAGCCAAAAGUUUCAGCAAAUGACUUUGAAGAUCUCUUAUCUAAUCAAGGGUUUUCAGCUAAAUCUGAUAAAAAGGGACCAAAAACUAUUGCUGAGAUGAGAAAGCAAGAAAUGUCUAAAGAUAUGGACCCCUUGAAACUGAAGAUUCUUGAAUGGAUUGAAGGAAAGGAGAGAAAUAUCAGAGCAUUAAUAUCAACUCUUCAUACAGUGCUUUGGGAAGGGGAAAAUAAGUGGAAACCUGUUAGCAUGGCAGAUCUAGUAACACCCGAGCAAGUAAAGAAGUACUACAGGAAAGCAGUGCUGGUAGUUCAUCCAGAUAAGGCCACAGGACAACCUUACGAGCAAUAUGCCAAAAUGAUCUUCAUGGAACUGAGUGAUGCGUGGUCAGAGUUCGAAAACCAGGGGUCCAAGUCCCUUUUCUAAAAGUUCAUCUUUUAUUGAACUACUUCCAAAAACUGGAGUUGAGCAUUGUUGUGACCUUUUCACCUAUGAUUUAUGAAGUGCUUUUCCAUGAUUUCAGCACAGUUUGCAAUCAUGCACUUAAUUGUGGUGAUGUAUUUUGUAAGAUGUGGAGUACAAAGCGUUACAUAGAUGCAUUAAGAAAACAGCUGCUCAGUACUUGAAGAAAUCAUGGUCUGGGGAUAAAGAUUUUUUCAGUUUUAUAUAUGGUAAAAUGGAAUUUUAAUGAAGUUCCAUGAUCUCUGGUACACUAGUAUCAAUUCUAAAUCAUUCCACUUCCGCUGAUCUCUGCUUUAUCCUCUUCAUUCCCCAAUUUGUUAUUUUCAGUAGUUUCAUGAUUCAGUUUUGAUCUUUCAUGCUUGUCGCCUUAUUCAAAGUGCUUUAGUUAUCAGUAGUGAGUCUGUUUGGAUUAUUUCAAAUCUGAAGGUGUAUAUUUUCAUGUGUCUUUUAUGUAAUCAAUCUGAUAAUCAUUCUGUAAAUAAUAUUUUCUGACAAUACCUGUGUUCCUUACAGUAAAUUAACAGUUGUUUAGCCAAAAAGACCUCAGUUGUAGGGAAAAUCAUCCAGGGUUGUUCUUGAUUUUCUUCUUUGUUCUACUUUUUAAAUAUGAAUCUGGAAACAAAUCUUGGCUUAAAAGUCUGCAUGUUCCUGCUCUGUUAUUUAUUAUGAAUCUUUGGAAGUCAGUACUUCUUUUACUAAUUCUUUAAAUGGUAUCUUUUCCAUCUGAUUUCAGUGGAACAUGCUUUCCAUUGGACUUUAAGCACUCUGAUAAAAAUGUUAUUCUGAAACUUGAUGUGUAAGCACAAAAAAGAAAACAUUUUACUCUGCUUUGAUUUGUUGUCAGUGAAUGCUACAUGAUUUAUCAUCAUUUAGAGAGCAUUUAGAGUUUUAACACAUUUUUACAGCAUGUCUGAACUUCUGUAUUUUGAGAUAUGCAUGACAUCAGUGUAUGUGCAAACAUGGGAUGUAUUGGUAGUGUUUAUUUCUGCUCAUCCCCCUUCCAUGCACCAAGUAGAAGAUGAGCAGAGACCCAACUUAAGAACAAAACUUGCCACGUUCUCUCAUCCCUAUUCAGGUGGCAGUUUUCACUAGGGCUGAAAUAAAUGAAUGCAGAUGACCAAUGACUUACAUUCGGUACAGUAAUGAAAUGCAAUUCUCAAAUCAGAUUUGAAAAUGUCAAAAAUCAGCAACAUCUGAAAAGAAAAAAAUAGGAUUUUAAUGCCACCUGAACAGUGUAUUGGAUGCAGUUUUCCACUGCUGAGCAGGCCUGAGAGCCUGGGGGUUAGAGACUUGUGAACACGAGUUGCAAUUCACAUUCAGUCCAUGUUCUAACACUGUCAACUGCUUUGCUGAUGAAAGAUUGUGUGUGUACGUAUAUUCACAUAUAUUCAGCUACUAUAAAUUUUUUGAAGUCAGAAGCCAGGAUCAGUUAUGGAUCCGAAGGCUAUGUAUUAUUUGUAGUUGCAGUUGUAUUUCAGUUGCAACUUUGAAGCGGUCUUAAGUCCCAUUAGACUUAUUCUUUAUGAAAGUAGGUAAUUCACUUUCUGACUUUUCCCUUGGGACACCUCAGGUUUUUUUUACAUACAUGGUCUGCAUCCUUAGAAAUCAAAGGCUUGUGGUAGGUUUUGUGUGUUUGAAACCUGGUUGGCUUUUUACAGUUCUAAGGCAAAUGAUACAUAUAGGCUUAAGUACAGACAUGUAAUGACUGACUGCACUCCUAUAUACAAUAGAAAGAGAAAACAUUCCUAAGGGAGCUGCUUUUAGUAAGGAAAAAAGUGAGGACUAGAAAAAACCAUGUUCCUUUCAGCACGUUCAAGAAACUUAAUUUUGAGGGACACAUUUUUAAUUGCUGUCUUCUUGAAUUGAAAUUUUGGAAGAAAAUAUUCCUCUGCAUUGAAUGCUUGGUAGCAUUUUCUGGAUGACAACUAUGUUUCUCUGGUUUUAUUUGUCCCACUCCUAUUUACAAAAAAAAAUAAUUACAAAAAUUUUCUUGAACAGCAGCCUUAGAUACGAUUUUAAGUGAGCAGGGAAAAAUGAGCACAACUGUUUUAAUUGGAACCAAAGAUCUCUUGAAAUUGACUGCCCCUUUUUAAAAUUACAGAAACAGACAUUUGGCUGUGGAUUCUUCCAAGAGCCAUUUGCUACUUAAACUUCAUUCAGGUUGACAGGAACCCUCUACUUAUUUUACAGGUUAAUCACCUCUGGUCCUCAGUGAGGAACUGUCUGAUUCAUUACUCUGCUCCUUUCUACUUGGUUGAAUUUUAGUUUGAGGAAUCUAGGAGGGGUUCAGAUUUCAGUGAACUUUCAAAUAGUUAAAUUUUGCUUACAGGGUGUUACUGAAAUCCAGUUCUUAUAAAAUCCAACUUCUUAUACAUUCCUGUGUUCAGCACAGCUAACUGACACAGUUAAACAAAAAUUCUAAACCAAAAUGAAUGUGAACACAGUACACAGAAUGUGAACACAGAACAAGUGUCACCACAAUGAAGUGGUGAACACAGUAAACUGAAGUUUUGUUUUUGAUAGUGCAGAAUGCGGACCAGUAAAGUGCUUCAUCAUUUAAGGCUAAUACAUAACAUUUUUUAGUUAUUGGGAAAAGGGAAGUUAAGGUAAAUUUUAUAUAGGGUUAUACUGAGUCUUAAUGUUGCUUUUAAAUUAGAUGGCCAUUUGGAAGAAGAAAGUCUAGAAGUUAUGUCUGAAUUCAUCUUAGAAAUUAAAAUGGUUAAAGGAAAAAAAAAAACACCACCAACAACAAAAGAAAACACCUGGGAUGAGGACUUUUACCUUUCUCAUGCUCUGUACUUCAUUGUCAACUGGUUGAGUGCUGCUGUAUGGGAGAAGACUGCACCCAAACCAUUAUGCAUACAUUUCAUUAUAGCUGUUCUUACUGUCCACAAGCUGGAAAGCUUUUCAGAAGAGGCUACAGGAAAAUCGAUUAAGCCGAGAUUUGAUUUUAACUGAUACUGUGAAUUUUUUCUGGGUGUAAAAUGCAUAUUUUUCAUUCAUGCUUAUUCAUUGCACGUAUUUUGAAAUGUUGAAAUUAGGUGGUCUUGAAAGCUAUGGCUUGUAUCUGCUUCUGAUUGCAAAAGCUGAGGUUGAGGUGAAUCAAAAUUGGUGUUGCUACAAUGAAGUUGUGUCUGCCAAAUUUCAAAUGUGGCACUUGCAUUUUGGAGCAUCUCCUUGACUCUUGCAGCAGAUUGUUACGCUUUCUGGCCCAUGUUUGUCGUUCCUUUGUAAUGACAAAGAAUUGAUACCAUCUCUUUGCAGCCUCCCAGUAUCCGUUCUUAAACAUGUCAAGCUACUCAAUUUUAUUGCAAGAGCAAGGAGAAAAGAAGCAACAGAUUAAGUGAAGAGUAGGGAAGAAUAUCUAGACUCUAACCUACAUCUCAAAUGGUGUUGGUUUUUUUUGUAAUUCUCCCUUUACUUUUCUGUAAUUCUCCCUUUACUGACCUGUUUCUAACUAUCCCUGCUAAAAAUAGGUCUCUAGUAGGUCUGUAGUCUUGCUUUUCCAGCCCUUUUAGAAGUGCUACUGACUGGUUAUAGACCAGUGGCAGUAACCAAGUGCUUGGCUUUUUUUGCAGAAGUUGCUAUAAAGUAGGGCCUUUGAAACGGUAUGGCAGAUUUCUGCUAGUUAGUUCUGAAUCAGGUUGGUUAUGCUACAUUGUUAGUGUUAUUAGAGCUGGAGAGUCUGGCAACUUCUUUUAGAAUAGAAAUCUGUGAAGAAGACAAUUGAUGUUAAGAGUGCAUUUGGCUAGGACCUGCCUUAUGGAGAAGAGUAAAGUGUCUUGGCCAUGUUGUGGAAGUAAGUUAGUGUUUUAGCCUUUGGCAUGGUCGUUUGGUGUUUCUUAGCGCUGUCAGAUUUCCUUGAACUUAAUAGCAGGGAAGAGAAAUGAAAGUGAGCAGUUAAACAUUUGCAUUCCUGUUAAAUCAUAGAGUUAAGCUCAAUAUUGUGAGUGAAUACUGAUUCCCAGGCAUCAAGUCUGGGAGGUAAAGUUCCUCUGUUCUUGUCACUUGGGUAAAGUUUAGGUAGUUUGCUAAUUAAUGGUAGCUUCAUCCAGCACAUGCAGAAUGGGAAGCCGACAGCAGUGCUGAUUAAGUACAUUUCCAUGGAACAGUGGCAAAGUCUUUGGCUUUACACCUCUGAGGGUAACUACUGAUCAUGAAAAACGCCUUGUUUACCUCAAUUUUCUUGUUAAUUCUAAAAAGUCCCUCUAAAAUUGUUUUGCCAAGCACAAAGUAGCAGCUCCUUCCUGAAUGCAGACUGUCUCUAAGCUGCAUGCAGGGGAUUAAUAUUUUGCACGAACCAAAGCAGAGUUUGAGGAUAACUGAAAUCUCAGCUGCCCUUUGGGAUUGCUGGGCUACCAUUUUUUUUUUUUGCUGCUUGCAGGAAUAUUUCAGGGGAUACAUAAAUGGAAACUUUGUUGCUUCUUAGCUCUGUCCUUAAUUGUCUAACAAUCGCAGUGUAAUGAAUGCUUUGUAAAUAGGUUCAAAAUAGUUCUGUACAGUUGCCUGUGCUUGGAGUCUGACGUUUUCUGUCAAGACCUUGCAGGUGAUUGACCUGCAAAAGCUGUAGAAAGAACUGCUUGUUUCCCGCUGCUUGAGUCUGUCUGGUGCAGAGUAGCUCUAGCUACCAGACACGGGAACUAGGAGCAAAGGGUGACUCAGCUGAAAUGUGGUUCCAGUCUUGAUCAACCUUGGAGUGCUUGCUUGCUCUGUUUUGGGUGAGCUUAUUGUAGACUGCAGUUUAGACUGCAUCAAACUUCAAAUAUAUGCUCAAAAAUAUAAAUCCAGUCAUUUUUAUGAAGGAUACGUUUUGUCAUAGAAGCUUUUAUUACCAAAAGGGGAUUAAGAGGCAUUGUGAGAACUCCUGAAACUCUUUAGUGGAAUGUAUUGUAUUUUUGCAGUGUAGACUUCUAGAAGCAAUUGUCAUCUCCAUGAUAAGGACUUAGCUUGUUCUGAGGUCCUUACUGUAACUACAUGUAGUUGUGAUUGUACUUUCUAUACCUGUGAUUUUUCUGGUUUGGGGUGUGUGGAAGAACAGAAUAGAUACUUAAGUCCUAUUUUUGCCAUCUUCCAGGAAACACAGUGUACUGAGUAAUUUUGCUACUAGUGAAAUGAGAAUCUAUACCUGUAUGUAUAUAAAGGUAAUAUAAUCAAAGUUAAACCUGGUUUAAAAAUAAAUUUAAUGUUUGGCACAAUGUCCUUGAACAGAAUAUUUUGCUUUGAAAUGCACUAUGACAUAACCAGUGAGCAAUU